AUGGUUAGACGGAAUAAUGAUGAAGGCGGGUGUUCGGAAGACGCUGAAACGCGAUCGUGUCCUGGUGAUUUGGGAUCGAAUCAGAGUCAGCCGAAACCGAGAAUUAAACGGUGAGUUUGAAAAUGGGUUUGAAUGAAUCUCAAAAAUUUUUUUGUUCAAUUUCACUUAAAUCUUUUUAUUCAAAAAAUCUCGAAAGUUUAUGAAAUAAUUUUCAGAACUCUCCGAUCAAAUUCGCAAAAAUCUAAUUUCCGAAUCUGAGAAUAUUUUUUUCAUAAACUGGAAAUUCAAAACUUUGUACUCUUCAAGCAAAUCAUUUUUUUUAGAACAUUUCCAUCCUCCCUUCUUGAAAAGCACUUUAUUUUUGGUUGUAAAAAUGGAUUUCCAAUUUUUUAUAUCAUCGAAAUUUUUUUUUCUAUUUCUGAAAAAAAUCAUUCCACUUGAAUUCAUUGACGUCAUCCUUAAAAAUACCAAAUUAAGGGGAUUACACAUCUGAAAAAGUACAACUAGAGAGAAAAACAGCAAUGACGUUGAAAUAAUAUUGGAGCUUCAUUAAUUAGGUUGUUCGCUCUUUUACCCAAGAAAAUAUAAUUACAGGGGAAAUAUGAUGAAAAAAUGAUGUCAGAAACCUAAUAAAAAUUUUCAGAAGUCAUAUGCGACAAGCAUCUCAAGGGGUCCCACAACGACAUGUCGAGCGGCCACCGCGAAGAAAAGAAGUUCGACUUCCAGUAAGUUCAUUUCACUAAUGUACAAACAUAAAAAAUGCAUAUUAUGUUUUCUAAUGUCAUCGUAUUCUGCAACAUUUUUUUUCAUUUUACGAAUAUUUCCAUUAUUUUUUCUAUUCUUAAGGAAUAGUUUUUGAUUUUUGCAGGCUCAACACACCGAAUUAAUCGAGCGCGAAAUGACUGUGCUCACUGAAGAAUCGUUGUGUGGAAUUGGUAAAUGGCGACCGAAAUGGUUGCAAUUUUUGGGUAAUCGAUUCUGGAUGUUAGUUCUACUCUGUGUAUAUUGUAGUAUGCAGGUAAGCUAAAACAACGUGUAAUAAUUUGAUAUCAAAAAAAACUAUUACGAUUCCAGGGCAUGCUAGUAAAUGGUUUAGUCCCAUCUGCAAUCUCUUCAAUAGAAAGACGUUUUCAAUUUUCAACAAGAAAUAUGGGUAGUAUAGUACAGUUUUAUGAUUUUGGUUAUGUUCUUCUCUGCAUUCCUGUCUCUUAUUUUGGUGGUCGACACAGUAAACCAACAGUUUUAGCUGUCGGUUUAGCAUGUAUGGCGUUUGGCUCAUUUUUAUUCUCAACUCCACACAUGUUAUCCAGCAGUUAUUCGACGUCUCAACCAAAUACUUCUAGUGGAGUUUGCUCUAUUGAACAUUGUAAGUUUGUCUAGCUAGAUGUUUCGGAUUGAAACUUUUUUUUCAGUGUGGAAUGAAAAUUUGACGAUACCUGGAGCUGUUCGAAGUGCGUGCGAAAACGAAAACCAACAUCAUCCCCCAUCAAACGCACUAUACUUCAAUAUUUUUUGCCUUGCACAUUUUCUUCAUGGAAUUGGAGCCACCCCACUUUUCACCAUUGGAGUUUCAUAUAUCGAUGAGAAUGUCGGAAGUGCUCUUUCUUCACUCUUCGUUGGAAUCUUCUACUCAUUCGCUGUUUUUGGACCAGCUGCCGGAUUCUUGACAGCUGGAGCACUUCUCAAAUACCAUACUGAUUUCUGGCAUCUCCCACCUGAACAGAUUAUCAAAAUUUCAUCGGAUGAAUCAGAUCCAACUUGGGUUGGCGCUUGGUGGUUGAGUUUUAUUAUGGCUUCAGCUCUUGGAUUUGCUGCUGUUGUUCCACUGGUUUGCUUGCCAAAAGUAUUACCGGUUUCACUGAAAUGGCAUCGAGCAAGAUUGCAAGAUGCAGCACUUUCGAAUCGGAGAAGAACGCCUGAAUGUUGUGGAAUAUCUGGAACAAAUAAAACAGCUGCUUUAAAUAUUGAUGCGCCAAUUUCUGGUGAGAAUUUUAAUGAUUGAAUAGAACUUUGAUUCACAGCUGAUAAAUUAUCAGCUGUUCCAGUCAAAGAAAAAAAUUGUUUUGUGUGACUCAUCGAAAAAUAUUUUUCAGAACAAGCAACAUUGCUAUAUUCUUCAAUUCCUGCUAGAGGUCGAGGUCCUUUGUGGUACAAAAUUUGGCUUGAUGUUCGUCACAUCCCGAUUGCAAUCUACCGUAUUCUGACAAACGGUCCAUUUAUGAUUAUCACCAUCGCAAUGGCAGUUGACAGUCUAGUUGUCACUGGAGCAUCAUCGUUCAUGUCAAAAUAUCUAGAAAGACAAUUUUCUGUUGCACCAAGUAAAGCAAAUGUGUUGAUUGGAUGUAUUAUGGUUCCAAUGGCUGGUUUCGGUUGUAUGGUUACUGGAUAUAUCGUCAAUUAUUUCCGUUUCAAUUCAUUAAAAAUGCUCAAAUUUGCGAUUGGUCUUCUACUUUUAUCGCUUUCUUUCACACCAAUGUAUUUGAUAUAUUGCCCACAUCAUCCAUUAAUAGGAGUUGAUUCGCCAUAUCCAAAUUUGAAUGAUAAUAAUUUUGUGAACACAACAAAUGGAGAAUUCCAACUGAUGAAUUCAUGCAAUCAAAUGUGUCGAUGUGAUCCAGCAGAAUAUCGACCAGUUUGUGCAACACUUGAAGAUGGAAGUCAACUCACAUAUUAUUCACCAUGUUUUGCUGCGUGUUCAGAUCCAUAUACAUCACAAAGAAAAACCUACGACAAUUGUGAAUGUGUUCCACAAAACACUAUUGGAAAACCAAGACAAGUCAAAAAAGGGGUUUGUGAGACAAGAUGCAGUGGCCUUGUUGGAUUCUUGACAUUAUUUGCUCCACUAUCAUUUUGCACAUUUGCAGUAGCUGUUCCAGUUAUAUCCGUCAUUUUGAGGUUGGUAACGAAAGCUUUAACGGCUUUAAGUUUUAAAAAUCAAACAUUUCAGAACUGUUGACUAUAAUGAAAGAUCGUUUGCAUUGGGUAUUCAGUGGAUUAUGAUUCGAGCAAUCGGAACAAUCCCAGCUCCAGUGUUAUUUGGAUGGAUGUUUGAUACAUCGUGUAUCAAAUAUCAAACUGAUUCUUGUGGAAAAUCAUCGGUAAGAAAACCACUAAUUCUAAAAAUAAACAUAACAAUUUCCUGUUGCAGAGUAAUAAUUGCCUUUUAUAUGACAAUCAAAUGUUGGCAAAUCUUUUUAUGACAUUCUCAAUUAUUGGUCAAGCAAUAUCAAUGGCAAUUCUAACGUGUGUAUUGAUGUUCUAUGGUCCAACUCUUCACGAUGAUCCAGUUGAUGAAGUUGCACCUCCAGAAUCUCAUCCUCUUGAAGUUGGAGAUGUGCCAAGAGAACUUGAACCGGAAGAUAAAACUGUGGCUUCAGUGAAUUAA